AUGGCCGAAGCUGCUGCAUCCCAGCCAUCGAGGUCUAAGCUCCUCGAGAACCUUGUAGAAGCAGGCAAGAGGGCCUUUAAUCCGUCUAAUGAUAAUCCUACUCGGGAGAAUGGGCGGAUAGAAUACGAUUCUAUCUUAAACAAGACAGAAACAUGGGCCCUUUUACCCGCUCUCAACGCUUUGAUCAAGCCCAAUGUGCUCCCCGAGUGGCUUCGUAGCCCUUUCGUGGAUACUCUCACCCUCCUCCCUCUGAGGGAGGGCGGUGUUCGCGCAACCAUGGAAUUCGUGUUUUCCGUCCAUCCUAGUAAUACCGGCCGAGCACCGGCUACAAACCAACCCCAGAAGGAGGGUGCGAGCAUAACCCAUGAGGCUCUGGCCAUAGCUACGAAGCUUCUCUCUUCUGUCCCUGCUUCCAUGACUCCCGAGUCUUGGUUCGGAGGUAUAUCUGCUCAAUUGUUACACUUGAUGGAGGGAAAAGAUGGCCCAGACCUGAGCAAAGCUGCUGCUCAAAUUGUUGGGUUCGGGAUUUUGGGAAAGAAGAUGUACGGGGCUCCAGGCUCUCCAGGCUGGCAGGUAUUUGUCCAGCCCCUGAUAGAAAGCCUAAACCCAUCCACAAGACUUGACUCGACAACGAGAAUAGUCAAAGAUGAAGAGGACGACGGGAUCGUCGACCUCACCAAGGGCCAGGUUUUAGUAAAAAGUGAGGCAGUAGGACGAUCAGUCCGGCUUCUUAGCGUUUUGGUCUUCUCAAAUCCGUCCCCUGGCCUUUGCAGCAGAGUGCUGAAGCCGGUGCUUCCCCAGCUGUGGGCUUUGGCCUCAUUGCCCACGGAUGAGGGGGCAUCUAAUGGCAUUUCGAAAGUCGCCCGAAACUUACUACAGGCAUACCUUAAAUUAUCGGGCAACAUCGAGACCGCCUCGAUGCUUAUAAGGAAUCUGCUUGGCAGAGGUUCCCCCCCCGCAUCCGAACAGCCAUGGCAUUACCGCAAGGAUAAUCAAGGAUUCGAAAUCGUCUCUCAAAGUUUUGCGGCAGACAUGUCAACAAGCGAGAUUCAAUGGACGGAGCUACAGUCCCGGGCAGAAAUCCUCGCCGACCUCCUCGUGGACAGCUGCUCUCCCGAAAACGUCUCGUCUAUAUUUAUCGAGCUCUUCCAGCGAUGGAUUAAGACUGCAGGGACACCGGAUACCAUCAUCUCUUCACCAGAUAAUCAAGAUGACGGGCCGCAGGCGGCAAUGGAGACUCUGUUCGACGUUACAGUAUUGCAAAAACUACUUGAAAAGAACCCCGAGAAGCUUAUCAACCAGUUUGACCGGCUGCUUGAGCUGAUCUGCCAAGUGUUGAGGGUUGAUGAUACGUCCCGGCUUGCGGAUGAUCUAGUAGGCGUUACUUUGAGUUUACUCAAUCUCGUCAUCACAGCGCCGACCUUUAGUAAAUCAGACAUCAAUCAAACAGAGCUCAAUGUGAUCGAGCGGUCUCUGGAACGGCUGAGUGGUGAAUCUCGCCCUCAGAUAUCGCAGACGGCGUCAAAUCUCUCUCUGCUUCUGAGAUACAAGGAUGAGCUCAAUCAACAGGAGGAGGCGAUAUCUCACCCCUCGAAACGCCAAGUGGAAGACCGGAGAACAUACGACCUGGCCAUGAAUUACAUCACUGGAGUUGACAGCCCUCCACCAGUCAUAUCGGAAGGGUUGAAUCUCUUGUCGGGGCUCAUCCAGGGCGAGAGUUCGGUUCUGGACAUCACCGCCGUAAAUGUUCUGUUAUCGAAUCUGCUCGAAAACGGCGAGGACUACGUCAAUCUACGGGUGGUAAAGCUCUUCACGCAGAUGGCCAACAAGCAUCCGCGGUCAACCGUCAAAGAACUACUGGAUCACUUCCUGGACCCCCAAGAAAAGCUGAGCACGGAUAUUAGGUUACGGUUCGGUGAGGCCUUGGUACAAGUCAUUGAACGGUUAGGCGAGACGUUUGCCGGCGAGGUAGCCCUGCAAGUGACUGAAACGUUACUUUCUAUUGCCGGCCGUCGUGGAUACCGCCCAAAGGCAAUGCGGAAGCAGACACGGGAGGAGAGGAAGCAGAAGAUCAAAAAAGAGGAGGACGGGGAUGACGAGCAGGAUGACGAAGACGAACGCACAGCGGAUGAGAAGGCAAGGGACGACGUCCUCGCGCAGAUUCUACAGGGCUGGGAGAGCAAAAGGGGUUCCGAGGACAUCAGGAUGCGUGCCUCCGCGCUGUCGAUUCUGGGAACAGCGCUGGAAACCAACAUCAAAGGGGUUGGGUCAUUCCUCGUGUCAACAACAGUCGACCUGUGCGUCAGCGUGCUUGCCCUGGAACCGGAAAUGGAGAAGGCCAUUCUUCGAAGGGCCGCCAUCAUGGUUGUCCUGGGGUUCAUCCGAGCACUGGAGUCUGCCCGAGAAUCCGGCGUUUCCCUCGGGUUUGGGCUUCAGGAGGAGAGUCGGUCUGACAUCUCGCGGACUCUGCAGUACGUCGCAGGUACUGAUAACGACGGGCUGGUGCAACAGCACGCACGGGAUGUGAUUGAGAGUCUGGAGAACUGGCACAUGGCAAGCCUGGUACCUUCCCAGGCUGACUAUGAAACAUCGAGGGUUGGGCGGCUGGAAGGUCUCAGAGUGAACGCCGAUACAGCUGGGCUAGGCGCAUCAUCGGGCAGGCCACGGCCGCGUAUCGAAGAGAUUGAAUAA